GGGAUAUUUAUCAUCCAGAGUGAAAAUUCCAGCUUGUGCAUUAAAGUGGGCAGAGCUGGCCUUGUUCUGGAGGAGUGUGGCCAGCUCUCAGAAGAGAUGCUGUGGAAAUGGGUGUCCAGCCGUCGUCUUUUCAACAUAGGCAGCAGCACCUGCCUCGGGCUGAACAUCAGCAACCCAGAGCAGCCACUGGCUAUGCUGGAGUGUGAUUCAACUCAGUACUCCUUAUGGUGGACCUGUGAGGGAAAAGAGUUGGUUGGUGUUUCAGAGUACAGAUUAGCAGUUGAAAACAGUAAACAUAUUGUGGCCAAAAAAAAAUCUGCUUGUCAAUGGAAACAGUAUAUGUCCGAUGAUGAAGACCUUUGUGAACACCCAUUUGAAGAAACAUAUACCUUGCUGGGAAAUUCUUUUGGUUUCCCAUGCAUUUUUCCAUUUAAAUAUAAGAACAAGUGGCAUUAUGAGUGUACUAGAGAUGGAAAAGAAUCUGAGUGGUGUGCCACAACGACUCACUAUGAACAAGAUGAAAAAUGGGGGUUUUGCCCAAAUGCUGAGAGUGGCUGUGGCACCUUUUGGAAGAAGAGCCCCAACACACAGGUCUGCUACCAGUUCAACGUCGCGUCCGUGCUGAGCUGGCGUGAGGCUCGGGCUGCCUGCCAGCUGCAGGGAGGGGACCUGCUCAGUGUCACCAGCCCCGAGGAGCAGAACUACAUCAGUGACUUAAGCAGGCAGUUAAAUUCCACAGACGUGAUGCUGUGGAUGGGCCUGAAUCGCCUGGAUGAAGAUGCUGGCUGGCAGUGGUCAGAUGGAGCACCACUAGUGUUUGUGAACUGGAGAGCAAAUGUCUCUGAUCACCGUUUUAAAGAAAAUCUUUGUGCAGUGAUUAAUCCAAGAUUGAAGUAUGGCUGGAACAGUUACCUGUGUGAAUCUGGAUUGCCUUUUGUAUGCAAAAAAUAUUUAAAUAAGACAGAGCAUGAAACGCUGGAUACAUGGAAGUAUUCUGCCACUCGUUGUGGCGCUGGGUGGUACCCACACAAUCGCAACUGCUACAGACUUCAUAAGGAGGAGAAGAGCUGGAACGAUGCUUCUCUCUCAUGCCAAAGUGAAAAUAGCAGGCUCAUUAGUAUAUCCUCCAUGGCAGAUGAAGAGCUGCUCCUUAACUUGCUUGAAAGUGAAAAUGUAACAGAGACAUGGAUUGGAUUAUACAGUAAUAACACACCUGUUGUUUUUGAGUGGUCAGAUAGCACCCCAGUAAAAUUCUCUAACUGGCACAGACAAGAACCUAACACCUUUCAAAGAACAGGACAACUCUGUGUUUCAGCACAAGGACCUGAGGGACGUUGGAGGAUUAAAAAAUGUGAAGACAAAUCUUUCUUUAUCUGCAAAAAAGCGGGGGAAUUUAAUACUGUCUCUCCUGAACUGGAAUCAAGUUGUCCAGAGGGAUGGGAAAGACAUGGUGGAUAUUGUUACAAAAUCGACAGUACCCCUCGAAGUUUUGAACAUGCUUCCAGUGGUUAUUUCUGCCCAUCUGCACUUGUAUCAGUAACAAACAGGUUUGAACAAGCUUUUAUCAACAGCAUGAUCCACAGCAUGGCAGAAUCUGAGAGAACUUAUAUUUGGAUAGGAUUGCAAGACCUUAACAACACGGGAGAAUACUUUUGGCUAGGCACAGCAGGAAAGAAUCGCUCUGUGAGCUACACGAACUGGAGCAAGUACCAGCCACGUCAUUCUGGAGGAUGUGUGGCUAUGCGAGGGCAGCACCCUGUAGGUUAUUGGGAGGUGAAAAGCUGUAAGAACUUCAAAGCAAUGUCAUUGUGCAAGCAAAAAAUAAAUUCUUAUGAAGAACCUGAACUUACUUUUCAAAAAUAUUCGAGUUCCUGCUAUUUUGGAUGGGAGUCAGAGCCUAAUCUGCUCAACUGCUACAAGAUAUUUCACAAUGAAAAAGUUCUGAUGAGAAGAACAUGGGACGAAGCAGAAGCAUUAUGUCAAGAUUUUGGAGCCCAUCUUGCUAGUUUUAGCCACAUCUAUGAAGAGACAUUUUUAAACAAUCUAUUAUAUACAAUUUUUGAUAGAACAGAAGAGAGACAGUUCUGGAUUGGAUUUAAUAAAAGAAAUGCACUUUCUGGAGGGACGUGGCAGUGGUCUGACAGAACACCUGUUGUAUCUGCAUUUUUGGAGGACAAGUAUGUUGAAGAUGACUCAAGAAACUGUGGUGUGUUCAGAGUAAACAGAACAGUCUUUCCAGCACACUGCAGUGAGAAGCGUGAAUGGAUAUGCAAAAUACCAAAAGGUGUCAAGCCAAUGAAUCCAGUUUGGUACACGGCUGAGCUGCCCUGGUCAUAUUAUCAAGGAGCAGAAUAUCUUUUCCAUGUCAGCCCUGCAGAAUGGGAAACCUCUAAGUUUGUCUGUGGCUGGCUUCGUGGUGGAUUGGCAAUUAUAAAUUCUUCUGCUGAACAAACCUUUAUCCAAAAUAAAAUAAGGAAGCUCUCGAGUAGUGAUGUGCACUGGUGGAUUGGACUGCAGGCAGAAAACCUCAGUGAUGAGUUUCGCUGGAGAGAUGAAUCGCCAGUAACGUACCAGAACUGGGAAGAAGGGAGGGAAAGAGAUCUGCAGAAACCAGGGAAAAGAUGUGGCUUCAUUUCAUCACAAACAGGACUCUGGGGUGAUGAAAACUGUACUGUUUCUCUUCCCUGUAUCUGCAAACGUAAAAUUCCAAAGAAGAUAGAGAAAGAGAUUCCGAAAGACCCAAACCAACAAGGAGCAUGUCCCAAAGGCUGGUUACAUUUUGGAUUCAAAUGCUUUUUAAUACAAAUUCCAAAGGAUCCAGAACAUCUGAGAAGCUGGUACUCUGCACAAGAAUUCUGCAGUAACCAUGAUGGGUCACUUGCUAUCCUGGAAGAUGAACUGGAGCAAGCUUUCAUAACGAUGAAUCUGUAUGGGUGGAAAACUAGUGUUUGGAUAGGUUUCCAGAGUGAUGAUUAUGAAAAACAGUUGAAUGAAAAUCCUCAAAGGUAUUCCAACUGGUCGCCAGUUGAAGUAGUGGAUAGAGAGCAUUUUAACAUUCAAGAUCAACUUCCACUGUGUACACUGGUAUCAAAUAACCCUAAUUUUUAUUUUACUGGAAAAUGGUACUUAGAAAACUGUCAGAAGAAUUAUGGGUUUGUCUGCCAAAAGACUCAGGAUGUAUCCAGGCACGUUAUCAAUGCAUCUGAUAUGUAUCCCGUGCCAGACACUUUAGAAUACGGAAACAGAAUGUAUAAACUAAUAAGUGGGAACUUUACAUGGUCUUCAGCCUUACAAGCCUGCAUGGCAAACAGUGCAGAGCUGGUGAGCAUCACAGACCAGUACCAGCAGGCUUUCCUCACGGUCAUCGUCAGCCGGCUGGGAUACAGCCACUGGAUCGGGCUCUUCACUGCCAACAAUGGGCUUAACUUUGAAUGGUCAGAUGGGACCAGGUCUUUGUUCACCUUCUGGGAAGACGACGAGUCCCAGGCCUUUGGCAGCUGUGUUUACAUUGAUACCUCAGGGCGCUGGAAAAGUGCAAAUUGUGAACAAUUUCUGCAAGGAGCAGUUUGCCAUGUGCCACCUAAAAAGAAACUCAAUGCCUAUAAAGGCUUAUGUUCAGAAAAAACUGUACCCUGGAUCAAAUUCAAAAACAGUUGCUACAGCUUUUCCACAGUUCUGCAGGGCAUGAGUUUUGAAACAGCAUAUGAGGUCUGCAAAAAUCAAGGAUCAAAUCUUCUGACUAUUCAAGAUGAAGAUGAAAAUGCCUUCAUUUUGGAAGAAUUACACAAUUUUGGUUAUUCUGUACAAAUGGUUUGGUUGAACAUUCUGCUUGUUACAGACAAUGAGACAGUCUCCUGGUUUGAUGGUUCUCCUUUAAAUUAUUCUAACUGGGGCAUCAGAGAGCCUGAAUUUGAUAAUCUCAAAGGGAAUUUCUGCAUCAGCUUGAGGACCACAGAUGGAGUCUGGCAAUUAUCUCCAUGCAGAGAAAAAAGGGGUUUUGUAUGUAAAAUGGAUGCAGAUACUGAUACAACAGAAUCCUCUGAAAAAGCAUCAUACAGUGGGCUUGCAGCUCUGGCUGUUCUUGUGACAUUGGUGAUGUUGGCUGCCAUUUCCCUUUUCCUGUGGUGCCUGCACAGAGAGAAUAACCAACUCUUCCGCAGGAUACUGUGGGUCAGAGACGCCUAUUUGCCACAGAUUAAUGCUGAUAGUCCUGCUUUGGAAGAAAGCAUCCUCAUUUCUGACUUUGAGAAAAGUGAGGACAAUUAAUUGAUCAGAAGUAGCAAGUGGUCUUGUGUUCUGUGUGAAAUUUCACAACCAACAGUGGUUUCCUCAUUCUCGGGAGUCCCUCAGGGUGCCUGAGAAACCCUCAUGGCCAUCAGCACCAAUGCUGGAGGAGCUCCCUACCCUGGAGAGCUUUUGCUUUGUGGCAGGAUGAGGUGAGGAUGCAAGGCAGAGCCAUGGAGAAAAUUUCCUCUCUGGGACAAGCCAGGAAUUGAAAAUACUCACAUAAACCUCCAACCUCUCACUUGGAGCAGUCAUGUUUGAGGUCUCAGAGCAGUGGGCAUUUUCAUGCAACUUUUUCCUUUGGGAAUGUUUGGACCCUUAUGUUUUCUUUUUAUACUUUGCAGAACCUGCUUAUCAGCUGGCGUUAAAAUUUGGCCUUGAAUUUAGGAGCUCUGAAAUAUAUGCCAAGGAUUAUGGGGAAGACUUUUUUUUUUUCUUUUUUCCCCUGGUAAAAUGAACAGUUAUUUUUUUGAUAAUAGAUUCUUGCCACAUUGAUUUCCAAGCUUGCAGGGAGAUGAAGUCACUCUUGACUUGAGACUGCCAGAGUUUUGGUAGUUUGGCCUGUGAUGCCUAGUUCAUGUUAUAAAAUAAAUUAUAGAGAUUUAAUGUCUAGAGAUAUAAUGGCAUAUGGGCUUUGUCAUCCUGAACUUAUUAUAUUUGAGAUACAUCCCGUUAAAGAUUCAGCUGUCAUCUCUCACCUAGGUUAUUUCAGACAUGGAAUCCCAUCAGCCUUCAUUAAAAAUGUUUUCAGGCAGUAUGUGUUUGAAGAAAAAAGCCCUGUUAUAAAUCUUUUUGAAGGUAUGGAACAAAUGGUUUUACUGUUCACCUAAGUGUUCCUGUGAGCAGUAUUCGUGGACAUUCUUGCUGAGACCCUGCUCUCCAAAGUGAAGGGCAACAUGUGUGGGAGCCAAACAGCACAUUGCUGUUUCCAAAGGGUGCUGGUCCUCUGACCCCAUGUAGCAGAUGCUUUCCCUUUCAGUGUUUGUACCAAGGUGCUAAGAAAGAAGAUGAAUUUUGCUGACCUGUUGCUCUGCAGGCUGGUGGCUGUGAAGGAGCUGCUCAGGUCUCUGUGCUGUCUCAGUUGCAGCAGCUCAGGACAGAAAUGUUUACUCUCCCUGGGAUUCCCACCACCCCAGCCAGUCCUCCACCUGCCUCUCUGAAAACACCUGGGAGCUUUUCAG